CUGCGUCCCGAGCGACCUGAUCCUCCAGCCCGCCCAGCCGGGCUGAGGGGCGUCGGUUCCCUUUUCGGUUCCCGGCAGGCGGCGGGGGAGCCAGGGACGCCGAAACGUUUUCGAUUAUAGGCUGUUUUUAAUUAAAAGCCAGAAUUCAGCCAUUUUAACUGCAUUCAAGAGGGGGAGAAAAGUAGGGAGAACGCAGCGGAGCCCGCAGAUGGCCAAGCCAGCUUCCCUACCAGAGCGAGGGUGUUCUGGGGAGCUUCACCCCGACUUCCCCAAAGUGGGGCUCCGGGGCAUGCUCCGAAGCGCUGGCUUUUAGGAGAUAGCUAUACAAAGAACAUAAAAAAAAAAAAAGCACGGAAAGCUCAUCGCCUCCUUAAGACAUGUAUCCUCGGAUGCGGGGAUCUUAGAUUUUUCCAAAGUAAACGCGGAUCUGGUAACCAGAGCCUGAUGGGAGACAGCGAGGAAGGGAGGGGGGUGUUUGUAACCAAAACCCGGUUAAAAUAAGCACCCUUAGCAAAAUUGGGGAGGCAGGCUGGAGGAAGCUGGGGGCUUUGCGGAUCGGGGGGUUGGGCGCCGGUCGCGGGGCGCUUGGCGGGCACAGGGAGCCGGAGGCACCCACGCGAUCCGCAGCUCUAGGAGCGCCGGGGACUCCCGGAGUCGGAACCCGAGCAUCUGCGGGCAGAGAGCUACGGCUGGGCUGGCUCCAGGACCCCCUCCCGCCCCCACGGGAAUCGGCAAAUGGCAAAUCUUCUAAACAAACAGCUUUAAACUGAAACUACAGGGGGAUUUACCCCACAGGGGGAUCUACCCAACGCGAGGGGAGGCGCCCCUCGGUCGGGCCGCUGAGGGAAGGUUUUCUUUGUAGGCUAUUUUUGGGGUUGCGGGAAGCUGGGGUAGCAGCGAGCCCGUUGAGAAGCCCCUUGCUUCCCCUCUGACCCCCUCCCCCAAUCUCCCGCGCCUGGCCACGUCCUCGGGGCCGCAGCAUUCCCAGACCAGGGCGUUGGAAAAUGAAACCAAAGCUUGUUUUGAAGGAUUCUUUCCAGUCCUCAGGCGAGAAUGCCACGUCUCGGGGCCUCGGACUCAAGACUCGCGACUCUCAGUGGCCCGAGGGGGGCGGCGGGAGGGGGCCGCGAACCUCUUUAAAAAUAACCCCCCUUUGCUCCCUCUCUCCCGAAAAAAAAAAAAAAAUUCGGCUGCUCGAGGCGAGCUCAGGGGAAACCAAAGUCAGAAAAGGGAGGCUAGGGGCCAAAAAAGGUUAAAUAUUAAACACUGAGGAUUAGAUAGUGGCACAGUGUUUAGGAAGACAUUUCGAACUGCUCAAGGAAAGGUUUCACGGUUUGAAGCCUGGAGCAUGUGACGCCCAGGAUUCAAACCCGUUGGGGAGACGCCGUGUGCGCUGCUUCGCGCAGCUCCGCCUGGCCGCCCGGAGGGGCCCCACUGCCGGCCGCCUGUGCGCGCCGGGCCGAGGGCCCGCCGCCGAGCGCAAGCCCCGCUGGCCGCCGCCACCAUGCCCGCCGCGGAGCCCCCGCCGCCCGAGGACUCUGGGACUACGCCGAGGCCGAACUUUUAGGUCCCACUGAGCGAGGCCCGCGGGCCAGGUGGGGGGCUGGCCGCGGCACUCCCGUGGAGGAUGGAUGGCCGAGACUUUGGGCCCCCGCGGUCCGUGCACGGCCCCCCGCCGCCGCUGCUGUCCGGCCUGGCCAUGGACAGCCACCGCGUGGGCACAGCCACGGCUGGACGCCUGCCUGCCUCGGGCUUGCCCGGCCCGCUGCCGCCCGGGAAGUAUAUGGCUGGCCUCAACCUCCACCCGCACCCGGGCGAGGCCUUCUUGGGCAGCUUUGUGGCCAGCGGGAUGGGACCCUCAGCCUCAUCCCAUGGGAGCCCAGUGCCCCUACCCUCUGACCUCUCCUUCCGCUCCCCUACCCCCAGCAACCUGCCCAUGGUGCAGUUGUGGGCUGCCCAUGCCCAUGAAGGCUUCUCCCACCUGCCCAGUGGGCUGUACCCAUCCUACCUCCACCUGAACCACCUGGAGCCCCCCAGCAGUGGGAGCCCCCUCCUCAGCCAGCUGGGCCAGCCCAGUAUUUUCGAUACCCAGAAAGACGGUUUCUACCUGCCUGCCCCGGGGGCCCCAGGCGCCCCGCACUCUCAUGCACCCUCCUCCAGGACCCCCGGCAGCCACUCCUCGGGCGCCCCUGCCAAAGGCUCGUCGCGGGAAGGUCCACCCAAGGAGCGGGCAAGCCGCGGCGGGGAGCCGCCCCCACUGUUCGGAAAGAAGGACCCACGGGCCCGCGAGGAGGCGGCAGGGCUGCGUGGCGUUGUGGACCUGACUCAGGAGGCGCGGGCAGAGGGCCGCCAGGACCGCGGACCCCCGCGCCUCGCUGAGCGCCUGUCGCCCUUCCUGGGAGAGCUGGGGCCACCACGGGCACCGGGCGCGGCCACCACUGACUCCAAGGGCAAGAACCUGUCGCUGCCAUCGGCACUGAGCCUCUGCAACGGCGCGGGGGAUGCGGGGCUCCCAGCGCUGGUGGCUGAGGCGGCCCGCGGCGCCAAGGAGGCAGCGCGCCAGGACGAGACUGUGCGCCUGCGGCGCGCAGAGGCCCUGCUGCCUGGGCCGUGCCCCUGCCCUUCACCGCUACCGCUGCCGCCCGGCAAGGGCCCGCCCGCACCUCCUGCCCCGGCCGGGGCUUUUGCCGCGCCCCAGCCCGCCCCCGCCAGCGUCUACACCAUCUUCCCCACAGCCGCGGCGGCGCGAGAGCCCGGCCGCGAGCACCGCGUGGUGGCGCCCACCUUUGUGCCUUCCGUGGAGGCCUUCGACGAGCGCCCGGGGCCCAUCCAGAUUGCAUCGCAGGCGCGCGACGCCCGGGCCCGGGAGCGCGAUGCAGGCAGGCCCGGAGUCCUACAGGCGCCACCCGGGUCUCCGCGGCCGCCCCUGGACAGGCCCGAGGUGCUGCGCGAGAAGAACUCAGUGAUCCGCUCGCUCAAGCGGCCGCCUCCCGCCGAGGCCCCGCCGGCACGGACCUCGCGUGCCUCCCCGGACGCCCGCGCCUACCUCCCGGCCAAGGAACUGCUCAAGCCCGAGGCCGAGCCGAGGCCCUGCGAGCGCGCCCUCCGAGCGUCCGCCGCCGCUCCUCAGCAGACCGCCAAGCUCUUCGGCCUGGAGCCCGGGCGGCCGCCCCCGCCCACCGGCCCUGACCAUAAGUGGAAGCCUUUCGAGCUGGGCAACUUUGCCACCACGCAGAUGGCUGUGCUGGCCGCGCAGCAUCACCAUGCCAGCCGUGCCGACGAGGAGGCCACGGCUGUCUCCAAGAAGGCCUACUUGGACCCCGGGGGCGCGCUUCCCCGCGCCGCGGCCACCUGCUCCAGGCCGGGCGCUGACGUGCACGCGGUGGCCCAUGGGCCUGGAGAGGCCUCGGCCAUGCAGAGUCUCAUCAAGUACAGUGGCAGCUUUGCCCGCGAGGCUGUGGCAGUGCGCCCUGGUGGCUGCGGCAAGAAGAGCCCCUUUGGAGGCCUAGGCACCAUGAAACCUGAGCCUGCCCCCACCGCAGCAGGUACCCCGCGCACCCAGAGCCGCCUCCUCCACCCUGCGGGCCCUGCAGCAGGUGGUGGCCGGCAGCUGAAGCGGGACCCGGAGAGGCCCGAGAGCGCCAAGGCUUUUGGGCGCGAGAACUCGGGUGCCCAGGGGGAGGCAGAGGUUCGACACCCGCCGGUUGGCAUUGCGGUGGCUGUGGCCCGGCAGAAGGACAGUGGUGGCAGUAGCCGGCUGGGGCCUGGCCUGGCGGACCAGGAGCGCUCCCUGUCGCUGAGCAGUGUCAAAGGGCACAGCCGAGCAGAUGAGGACUGUGGGGAUGAGCGGGCCAAGCACCGGGAAGAGCGGCUGCUGGGUGCACGGCUGGACCGGGACCAGGAGAAACUGCUCAGAGAGAGCAAGGAGCUGGCUGACCUGGCCCGCCUGCACCCCACCAGCUGUGCUGCUAAUGGCCUGAACCCCAACCUCAUGGUGACUGGGGGCCCCGCGCUGGCGGGCUCUGGUCGCUGGUCUGCUGACCCUGCAGCCCACCUGGCCACUCACCCCUGGCUGCCCCGCUCGGGCAGCACGUCCAUGUGGCUCGCUGGACACCCCUACGGCUUGGGCUCCCCGUCUCUGCACCAGGGCAUGGCACCCGCCUUCCCUCCCGGCCUGGGAGGCUCCCUGCCGUCGACCUACCAGUUUGUUAGGGACCCCCAGUCGGGCCAGCUGGUGGUCAUUCCCAGUGAUCACCUGCCUCACUUUGCGGAGCUCAUGGAGAGGGCCGCCGUGCCACCCCUCUGGCCUGCGCUGUACCCGCCGGGCCGCGGUCCCCUGCACCACGCGCAGCAGCUUCAGCUCUUCUCCCAGCAGCACUUCCUGAGGCAGCAGGAGCUUCUGUACCUGCAGCAGCAGGCAGCCCAGGCCCUGGAGCUGCAGAGGAGUGCCCAGCUGGUGCAGGAGCGGCUGAAGGCCCAGGACCACCGGGCAGAGAUGGAGGAGAAGGUGAGCAAGAGGAGCCUGGAGGCUGCCGGCAAGGCUGGCCUGGCCGCCACAGGCCCUGGGCUUCUGCCUCGGAAGCCCCCUGGCCUGGCCGCCGGUGCUGCGGGCACCUACAGCAAGGCCAUGAGCCCGCCGCCUUCUCCCCGUGCCUCCCCUGUGGCUGCCCUGAAGGCCAAGGUCAUCCAGAAGCUGGAGGACGUUUCCAAACCGCCUGCCUACACCUACCCUGCCACGCCCAGCUCCCACCCCACCAGCCCUCCCCCCGCCUCCCCUCCGCCCACCCCUGGUAUCACCCGCAAGGAAGAGGCCCCUGAGAAUGUCAUUGAGAAGAAGGACUUGGAGCUGCAGAAGGAAGCCCCCAGCCCCUUCCAGGCCUUGUUCUCAGAUAUGCCACCCAGGUACCCGUUUCAGGCCCUGCCACCACACUACGGGAGGCCCUAUCCGUUCCUGCUGCAGCCCACGGCGGCCUCCGAUGCCGACGGCCUGGCCCCUGAUGUGCCACUCCCGGCAGAUGGGUCUGAGCGCCUGGCCCUCUCACCUGAAGACAAGCCCAUCCGCUUGUCUCCCUCCAAGAUCCCAGAACCACUGCCGGAGGGCCCAAGUGAAGAGCCGCUGGCAGAGCGGGAGGUGAAGGCGGAGAUAGAGGACAUGGACGAGGGUCCCACAGAGCUGUCCUCCCUUGAGUCACCACUGUCACUGCCUCCUGAGGAAACCAUGGUGGCCCCCAGCCCCGCAGGCAGCUGUGAAGGCGGCCUGUUGGAGGCCCAGGCACUGAGUGCUGGUGGGCAGGGGGGCGCCGAGUGCUCCGGGUGCCCAGACUUUGCCAAGGGGGCUGAAGCGCAGGUGGAUUCACUGGGCCGGACAGAACCCUGUGCGGCUUCCCCGGACCUGGGGGCGCAGCUGACGCCUGAGACGCUGGUGGAGACUAAGGAAGAGCCUGUGGAGGUGCCCGUCGAUGUGCCCAUGACCCUGCCUGUGGCCGAGGUAGUGCCCAAGGAGGGCCUGGCCCAGGUGGCCCACAGCGAGCCCCUGCCUGGCCUAGAACUGGCAGAUGGCGACAUACCCCCCAGGAGGGGAGACUGCCUGAGCCUGGAAGCCCGGGUGGCCCCACCUGUACCUGGUAGCACCUGCUUCCUGGAAGAGGCAGGCUCCGACCCAUUCCUGCCUGUCCUGGAGGACCCGCUGGCCGGCAUGAAUGCCCUGGUGGCGGCUGCAGAGCUGCCCCAGGCCAGGCCUCUGCCCUCCCCCACCGCUGGAGCCCAGACCCCAGAGAAGCUGGAGGCCGUGCAGAGCCUGGUCCUGGAGCAGGGCUUCCUGCACGGCAUCACCCUGCUGAGCGAGAUCGCGGAGCUGGAGCUGGCGAAGAGGAGCCAGGAAGUGGGAGGUGCGGAGCGGGGCUUGGCGGUGCGGCCCUCUCUGGAGAGUCUGUUGGUGGCCAGUAGCCACAUGCUGAAGGAGGUGCUGGACAGCCCCUUUGUGGACCCACUCAAGAACCUGCGGCUUCCGCGGGAGCUGAACCCCAACAAGAAGUAUAGCUGGAUGCAGAAGAAGGAAGAGCGGAUGUACGCCAUGAAGUCCUCCUUGGAGAAUAUGGAUGCCAUGGAGCUGGACUUUCGGAUGCGGCUGGCUGAGGUCCAGCGCCAGUACAAAGAGAAGCAGAGAGAGCUGGUGAAGCUGCAGAGACGCCGCGAUUCCGAGGACAGGUGCAAGGAAUCCCAUAGAAGCUUGGCACGCAGAGGCCCUGGCAGGCCGCGGAAACAGACGCACGCCCUGAGCGCCCUGUCGCCCCCCCGCAAGAGAGGGAAGAGCCGCACCAGUAGCGGAAAGCUGAGCAGCAAGUCCCUGCUGACAUCGGAUGACUAUGAGCCGGGAGCAGGGAUGAGGAAGAGACACAAGGGGCCUGAGGAGGAGCACGAUGCUCUGGCUGGGACUGGGAGGCCUCGAGGGAGGAGCCAGCUUUGGGACGAGCACGAAGCCUCCUCGGACUUCGUGAGUCAGCUAAAGAUUAAGAAGAAGAAGAUGGCCAGCGACCAGGAGCAGUUGGCCAGCAAGCUGGACAAGGCCCUCUCCCUCACAAAGCAGGACAAGUUGAAGUCGCCCUUCAAGUUCUCGGACAGUUCUGGGGGGAGAUCCAAAGCGAGCGGGGGCUGCGGCAGGUACUUGACACCCUACGACAGCCUGCUGGGCAAGGACAGGAAGGCGCUGGCCAAAGGCCUCAGCCUGUCUCUGAAACCCGCCAGAGAAGGUAAACACAAAAGGGCCGCCAAAGCCAGAAAGAUGGAGGUGGGGUUCAAGGCCAGAGGCCAGCCCAAGUCGGCCCACUCCCCGUUCGCCUCGGAAGUGAGCAGCUUCUCCAACAAUACGGACUCAGAGGAAGAUGAAGAAUUCCUGAAGGACGAGUGGUCUGCCCAGGGCCCUUCCAGCUCCAAGCUGACAUCGUCCCUCCUAUGCGGAAUGGCGGUGAAGACUGGCAAGCCAGCUGGGGGCCCCCAACUGACCAAGAGGGGCCUGGCGGCCGCCCGGACUCUGGAACCCAAGCCGGCCACCAGCAGGAAGCAGCCGUUUUGUUUGCUGCUUCAAGAGGUCGAGGCCCGUUCCUCCUUCAGCGAUACUUCGGAGGACUCGUUUGACCAAGAUGAGAGCUCCGAGGAGGACGAGGAGGAUGAACUGGAGGAGGAAGAGGACGAGGCUGGUGGCGGUGCUAGGCUGGGGGCCCGUGAGCGGGCCCUGUCGCCAGGCCUGGAGGAGAGCGGGCUGGGCCUGCUGGCCCGCUUUGCAGCCAGCGCCCUCCCCAGCCCCGCAGCGGGGCCGGCCCUGUCAGUGGUGCAGCUGGAGGCCAAGCAGAAGGCCCGGAAGAAGGGGGAGCGGCAGAGCCUGAUGGGCACAGAGUUUGAGUACACGGACUCAGAGAGUGAGGUCAAGGUGCGGAAGCGGUCGCCUGCUGGGCUGCUGCGGCCCAAGAAGGGACUGGGGGAGCCAGGCCCCUCCCUGGCUGUGUCCGCGUCUGCGCCCAGCGCUCGUGGGCCUGGCCCCACCAGCCCUGAUAAGGCCAAACUGGCGGUGGAGAAGGGGCGCAAGGCCCGCAAGCUGCGGGGCCCCAAGGAGCCUGGCUUCGAGGCCGGGCCAGAGGCCAGUGACGAUGACCUGUGGACGCGACGGCGCAGUGAGCGCAUUUUCCUGCAUGAUGCCUCGGCCGCAGCCCCAGCUCCCAGCAGCGCAGCCCCUGUUGUCGCCAAGCCUGGCCGCUGCAGCAAGGGUGGCCCGCUGAGCCCUCGCAAGGAUGCCGGCCGCGCCAAGGACAGGAAGGACCCCAGGAAGAAGAAGAAGGGGAAGGAGGCUGGAUCUGGGGCUGCCUUGCCUCCGCCCCGUGUUCCUGCCCUGCCGCCUGAGGCCCGGGCCCCAAACGCCAGCUCCCCAGCUGCUGCCAAGAGGAGCAGGGCCAAGGCCAAAGGGAAGGAGGUGAAGAAGGAGAACCGGGGGAAAGGGGGAGCUGUGAGUAAGCUGAUGGAGAGCAUGGCAGCUGAGGAGGACUUUGAGCCCAACCAGGACUCCAGCUUCUCUGAGGAUGAGCACCUGCCACGUGGUGGGGCUGUGGAACGGCCGCUGACCCCGGCCCCAAGGUCCUGCAUCAUUGACAAGGAUGAGCUGAAAGACGGGUUGCGUGUGCUCAUCCCCAUGGACGACAAGCUGCUGUACGCUGGGCAUGUGCAGACGGUGCACUCGCCAGACAUAUACCGUGUGGUGGUGGAGGGCGAACGCGGGAACCGGCCCCACAUCUACUGUCUGGAGCAGCUGCUGCAGGAGGCGAUCAUUGAUGUGAGGCCGGCCUCCACCCGCUUUUUGCCACAAGGGACCAGGAUCGCAGCCUAUUGGAGCCAGCAGUACCGUUGCCUCUACCCAGGCACUGUGGUCCGAGGCUUACUGGGCCUUGAGGACGAUGGGGACCUGAUCACCGUGGAGUUUGAUGACGGGGACACAGGGAGGAUUCCCCUCUCCCAUAUCCGCCUCCUGCCUCCUGACUAUAAGAUCCAGUGUGCUGAACCAUCUCCAGCCCUCCUGGUGCCGAGCGCCAAGCGCCGUAGCCGGAAGACCAGCAAAGAUACUGGGGAUGGCAAAGAUGGGGGUGCUCCGGGGUCCGAGGAACCCAGCGCCAAGGCGAGAGGGCGCGGGCGCAAACCCAGCACCAAAGCCAAGGAUGAGAGAGCUGCUGUCCUAGAGGAGGGGGGCUCAACAGAUGAGGUCUCCAGCACCCCACUGGCCCUGGAACCAGUCAGUACCCCGACUUCCAAGAAGAGCCCCCCAGAGCCUGUGGACAAGCGGGCCAAGGCCUCCAAGGCUCGCCCAGCAGCCCCGCAGCCCAGCCCAGGGCCAUCCCCCUUUGCCAGCUGCCCAGCUCCUGAGCCCUUUGGGGAGCUGCCGGCCCCCGCCACAGCCCUGGCCCCUGCCUCCCUUGUCAGCAUGCCCAUCACCAUGCCGGCCACCCGCCCCAAGCCCAAGAAGGCCCGGGCCACAGAGGAGUCGGCCAGCAAGGGCAUCCGGAGGCCGGGGGAGGAGGCCGAGCCGCUCGUCAAGCUGGACCAUGAGGGUGUGACGUCGCCCAAAAGCAAGAAGGCCAAGGAGGCCCUGCUUCUGCGGGAGGAGCCCAAGAGCCUCCUGGGUCUGGGCAGCCACCCCCCGGCCGCCGGCGGCAGCGAGCCCAGGGCGGCCCGGCCCCAGGCCGGGGAGGGCGACGAGGCCCAGGAGCCCGCGGCCAGGCUCGCGUUCGAGGAGCCGGGGAAGGCCGGGAGCCCAGGCGGGGGCCGGGCCGCGCAGGACGGGGCCGAGGAGUCCGAGAGCGGCAGCAGCGACAGCGGCGGCAGCAGCUCGGAGACGGAGGGCGAGGAGGCCGGCCGGGGCGGCGGGGGCCGGAGCCGCAGCGCCCCCAGCUCCAGGGCGUCCUCGUCCUCCUCGUCCUCCUCGUCCUCGUCCUCGUCGUCCUCGUCCUCCUCGUCCUCGUCCUCGUCCUCCUCGUCCUCCUCGUCGUCGUCCUCGUCCUCGUCGUCCUCCUCGUCCUCGUCCUCGUCCUCGUCCUCGUCCUCCUCGUCCUCCUCCUCGUCCUCCUCGUCCUCCACCACAGACGACUCCUCCUGCAGCUCGGACGACGAGGCGGCGCCUGGCCCCGCGGCCGGCCCCUCCGCCCCGCCCGCCCUCCCCGGCACGGCGCCCAAGCGGGCCGGCAAGGCGCGCCCCUCGGCCCACUCGCCCAGCAAGAAGGCGCUGGCGCCCCCGCCCCAGGCGCCCCCGCCGCAGCCCCCGCAGCCCCCCCAGCCCAAGGCCCAGGCCGGGUCCGCGGCCAAGAGCCGGCCCAAGAAGAGGGAGGGCGUCCACCUUCCCACCACCAAGGAGCUAGCCAAGCGGCAGCGCCUGCCGUCCGUGGAGAACCGGCCCAAGAUCGCCGCCUUCCUGCCUGCCCGGCAGCUCUGGAAGUGGUUCGGCAAGCCCACCCAGCGCCGUGGCAUGAAGGGCAAGGCCCGCAAGCUCUUCUACAAGGCCAUCGUGCGUGGCAAGGAGAUGAUCCGCAUUGGGGACUGCGCCGUGUUCCUGUCGGCCGGCCGCCCCAACCUGCCCUACAUCGGUCGCAUCCAGAGCAUGUGGGAGUCAUGGGGCAGCAAUAUGGUGGUCCGCGUCAAGUGGUUCUACCACCCCGAGGAGACCAGCCCCGGCAAGCGCCUCCACGAGGGCCAGCCCUGGGACCAGAAGUCUGGGCGCAGCCUCCCCGCAGCCCUGCGGGCCUCCAGCCAGAGGAAGGACUUCAUGGAGCGUGCCCUGUACCAGUCCUCCCACGUGGAUGAGAACGAUGUGCAGACUGUGUCGCACAAGUGCCUGGUCGUGGGCCUGGAGCAGUACGAGCAGAUGCUCAAGACCAAGAAGUACCAGGACAGCGAGGGCCUGUACUACCUUGCGGGCACCUAUGAGCCCACCACGGGCAUGAUCUUCUCCACUGACGGCGUUCCUGUGCUCUGCUGAGUGCCCGGCACCCUGCCAGCUGCCUUGUGCCCUGAGGGCUACCAGGGCCCCUCAUCAUCACUGCCACGGCUCAGGGGCACGUGCGUUGGUUGUGUGCAUGAAAGUGUGCCCGUGGAUGCCCUGGCGCACGUGAGUGUGUACAUGUGUGUGCCUGUAUGCAUGCACAUGUGUGCACACAUGUGCACACAUCUCCAGCCCCCCUUCCCAAAUCCCUCUGUGCCCCCCGAGACAGGGGCUCCUCUCAGCUAUCAGGGUAUGGCUCUGCUGGGCCCUUUCCGGGAGCCUCCCCUCCAGCACCUUGUAAGCACUUGGCCAGGCCAGGCCCUCAGACCCGGGUGCCCCCAGGCUGAUGCUGACUGCAGACUCAGUGGGAGAGGGUUUCUGAGGAACCAAACUGAUGCCCGCUCUGGGGUUCCUGCUGCUCACGGGUCCCCCCAGGACCUCAGCACAGAGCUCACCCCAAGCUCCCACUGUGGAGCAGGGCGGUCCCAUGCCCAUCAGCCUCACCGGCCAGGCCGGGCCUUCCCGGGGUUCCUUCCAGGGACCCGGCCUCUGCCCUCUCAGGAUGGCCUGCACUUGGGGACAGAGCCAAGUGAGGGUGGAGCCCAGGAGCACUGGCCAGGCACCAGGUGGAGGGGGCUGCAUGCCCUGAGGCCCUGGCCCACCUGCCGCCUCCAGACCCUCACACUACAGACAACCCCAAUGGUGCUGAAACCCUCGCCCUGGCCACACCCCUGGCCCCUCUGCCCAGGCUGCAACCAGCCCUGAGGGAGGCGGCAGUUCUCAACCUGUACAGUUUUAUUGUACCGAGAGACUCUUCCCCCCUGUAUCAUACGCCUUUAAAUGGAGUCAACUUUUUAAUUAUAUAUAUAAAGAUAAAUAUAUAUAAAUAUAUAUAAAUAUAAACUUUUUAAAACUGUGAAAAAAAUAGCUAUGAAAUUAUAAAAAAAAGCGAACACAUUCUGACGUGCAGAAUAUUAUUUUUUAUUUCCUGUUAGAUUGUGAGUGUCUAGCACCCAGCUUCACGGGCCCCCCUCACCCCAAGCACACCCCACCCCUAGUGCAGCCCAGGUGUACUGUGUGCCCCCAGGACGACGGAGAAGGAGUCAGGGAGAGUAGAAGUGGAGGGAGGGAGAGGACCAGCCGAGUGCAGCGGCCCGCUCGGCCCUGAGAGCACUUACCAGCCCCACCCCCGUGCCUUUCAGGGGGCGGAGGCCUCGUCCAGACAAUCUUAAGGGAAGGAAAAGCCAGACUUCGGUUUAGUUUUUUGGGGGAAUUGUUUUCCUUUUUGUUUUUUAAGUUUCUUUUGGAAUUUUGUUUGUUGGCGAAUUCUGUGUGAUCUUUUUUCAUAAAAAAGAAAAGAAAAAAGAAAAAGCUAUAAUUGGAAAAGUA